AUGAUUUUAGGUAAGCUACCAGCUAAAGCAGCAGUGAUCGCGUGGCUUCCACUGGGAUAUGCUGUCACGGCAGGAGCGGCUCUCGACACCAGUAGCCGCCUGCCGCCCACGACGGCUGACAACGACUGUUCCUGGCUUGACGGACGCUCCAGUCUGCUGGCAGUAGUGGGCUGGAGGCAGCGAGGCGUUGCGGCAGCCGCCGAGUCUGGCAGCGGCGGUGGUGGCGACGCGGACGUUGACGCCUCGUGCGGACGGCCGCUGUCUUGGCUGCCACGCCCGGGCUAUUUGGUCCGCGGCGGGUUCCAGCCGCGCCUUCCGACUUCGCUGCCGCCCCCAGGGCAGCAGCAGCAGCCGUCGCCGCUACCACGCCGACGGCCCGUCCCGUUGAUGCCUCCCGCGCAGCUUCAUACGGGAGCGCCCCGGGUGGUCGCUCCGGCGCCUGCGGUCCCUCUUCAGUCACCACCGCCUUCGGAGCUGAUGGACGUCGACCCCUCAGCCGGGCCGCCUUCCCCAGCGGUGGCUGUGCAGCCUGUACUGCCGCCGCUUUCCUUGGGCACCCCCAAGGAGUCUGACACCGCAGCGCCUUGUCCGGCGCCCACUCAGCAGCCGUCGACGCAGCGUCACGAGACGCUGCCUCUCUUCGUGGGUCCCGAUGCCCCGUCACGUCCAGUACCAGAAGCUGCGCCCGUGGUCACAGGCGUGCACCCUGACCUCGGUUUUCAAAAGCUCCAAGAACUCUGA